AUGGUCGUCGCGCCCCUGUCGACGUUCGCCGAGCCGCCCAAGCCGCACCCGAUCUUUACCCUCAUCAAGCGCGCCGAGCAGGACUGGAACCGCAAGGUGCACAAGCAGAGCAAGACGCUCAAGGACGCCGUGCACGAGUACCGCCGGCGGUACAAGCGCAACCCGCCGCGCGGGUUCGACAAGUGGUGGGCCUACGCCAAGGCCAACCGCGUCAUCCUCGUCGACGAGUACGACCAGAUCCACCGCGACCUCGAGCCGUUCUGGGCACUUGAGCCGCAGGACCUCGCGCACCGCGUUCGCGUCAUGCAGGAGCGCGACGAGACGUUCACGAUCCAGGUCACCGACGGCAAGGUGGCCGAGGUUGGCGAGCAGGCGUUCCUUCGUCGCGCCAAGGACCUGGGCGACCUCAUCCGCCGCUUCUCCGACUACGUCCCCGACGUCAACCUCACCUUUACCCGUCACGAUCAGCCGGCGUGCCAGCUCGACUAUUAUCAUCGCGACCGCAUGGUCGAGCUCGCCCAGCUUGGAGAAUGUGCCGGCACCGACCCGGGUCCUCUCGUGCCCCUGUUCACGUUCGCCAAGACCAACGUGCACUCGGACAUCCUCGUCACGCCGCUCGAGCAGUACUCGGACUCGUACAUCGGCUACGACCCCGACUGGGACAAGAAGUCGAACGACAAGCUCAUGUGGCGCGGCUCGACGACCGGCAUCGACUUCUACGUCGGCAACGACUGGAAGAAUUCGCAGCGAGCGCGGCUCCACUUCAAGGCCAACGAGAAGGACGGCAAGGAGGACGUCCUGUGGGCCGAGGGCGACGGCGCCGUCCAGGAGACCAACUACCUCGUCAACGGCCUCAACCGCGCCUACAUGGACGUGUCGUUCGCCGGCGGGCCGGUCCAGUGCGACGAGCCGACGUGCAAGGUCAUGGCCGACCUGAUCGACUUCAAGGAGACGAUGGGCCUGAGCGACGCGUACCAGUACAAGUACGUCAUGGACGUCGACGGCAACGGCUGGUCGGGCCGGUUCCACCGCCUCAUGUCGAUGAAGGCGUGCGUCCUCAAGUCGACCCUGUUCCCCGAAUGGUACGGCGACCGCAUCCAGCCGUGGCUCCACUACGUGCCCGUCAAGGUCGACUAUUCGGACCUGUACGACAUCAUGACGUUCUUCCGCGGUACGCCUGACGGCAAGGGCGCCCACGACGAGCUCGCAAAGAAGAUCGGCACGGCGGGCAAGCACUGGGCGCGCGACCACUGGCGCAAGCAGGACAUGGCCGCGUACAUGUUCCGCCUCUCGCUCGAGUGGGCCCGCCUCCUGCACCGCAACGACGACGAGCCGGGCUCGCUCGACUUUGAGUUCUGGAUCGACUGA